AUGCCCGCCCGGAAGCGCGCCCGUGACGAGAUGGAGGCCGAGGCGCCUGUCGAGGAGCCCAGCACGCUACAGAAGCUGCGGAACAUGUGGCAAUUUGCCAACCUCGCGCAAUACAUCAGCCUCUUCGGCGACGCCAUCAAGAUCGACAAGGACUUUGACAUCGAGGAGCUGGAGAGCGAAUGCCUCAAGCCCCAGGCCUCUGAGAAGCUGGCACAGAUUGGCCUGGCGCUGCUAAAGCACGUCUCGUCGCACAAGGGUUUGACGUAUGGAAAUGCCCCCAUCACUUCUGAUUGCCCUCUAACAGAUGCCAGACUAGAGAUAUUCGACGAAUACACCCGCCGCCAGUUCGUCGCAAAAGCCCCCAACCGCAACCCCUUUGGCACCGAGGAGGAGCCGAACAAGUUUGACGACUUCGAUGUCUACACCAAGAUCCGAGUGCUACAACAGCUCUCGACAUGGACGCUGAACAACCCGAACUCGAUACGCGAGAGGCUUUCGGCGACAGACAACGAACAAACACUCUGGCGCAUGGAGCCGACUGGAUGGGACUCUGAAGAAAGACUUCUGUUCGUGCUUGAUGACAAUCGCAUGUACCGAAGGACAGACCCGCCGCCUCCGCCCGAGCCGCAGAAAGCCAAAGCGAAGCCCAAAUCGAAGUCGAAGAAGUCGAGAGGCACGAGGGCCAGCAAGCGACAGAAGGUCUCGACCCCCGAACCCGAAGAGCCAGCAGAGGAUGAUACGCUGGUGCAGGCAGAGGAUCAGGGCGAAGUCGAGGACGAUGGGUUCGGUGGAAUGAAGUGGGAAUGCGUUUGUGUAACGCUGGAAGACUACCAAGAGUACAUGAGCAGCAUUCGAAAAAGCCGGGACCCGAACGAGAAGACGCUAUACAAGCGUUUGGAGGAGGAUGUCCUCCCAGUCAUGCAAGGCCUGGCGGAAGAGCAGGCAAAGAAGCAGGCGCGCAAGAUGAAGGAACUUGAGAAUAUGCAAAAACUGGCCAUGGCAAAACGCUCGUCUCGUAUCUCAUCCAGGCUAGAAAAGCAAAAGGAGCAGGAAGAGAUCGAGGAGGCAGAGCGCAGGAGAGAAGAGGAGGUAGCAAUGGCCAAGGCUGAACAAGAAAAGCAAAAGAAGCUCGAAGAGGCACAUGAUUCACGUAGGAUGACCCGCGAGCAGCGCCUACGCGAGCGUGAGACGGCCAAGGUUCUCAAAGAGGAAGAGCUGCGCAAACUCAAGGAGAACGAGCAAAAGCUGGCUACUAAUGCGGCGAGGUUGUCAGAGCGACAUCUGAAGGCCAUGAUGAAGCAACACGAGAGCGACUUGAAACGACUGAAUGAAGAAGACUGGUUCUUUGAUUGCGAGAAGUGUGGUACCUACGGUUCCAACCUUAACGACAACACUCCGCAGAUAUCAUGCGAAAAGUGUAAUGUCUGGCAGCACGUCAAAUGCCACGACAUAACGGAGGACCAAGUUGAAAACACCAACUUUCAAUUCGUUUGCGGCACCUGCAAGCGAAAAGAGGAGGAAGCCGGCCAGCCAAAAUUACCACCUCUCAAGUUCAGACUGACUUCCAAUUCGCCGUCUUCACACAAUGAAGCUCAGACGAACGGAGCGCAGCCUCCAACACCCACACGCUCAGCACCACGUCUCUCUGCGGUACCGCAUCUUCCACGACCCAGCAACCCUCCUGUGCAGCCGUGGGUUGAUGGACCUAGUCUCUCGCCGCGCGGCCAAGCACUCGGCCCGCCAGGUAUUCAUCGAUCAGAAGCCGCAUAUGGUUCGCCUUAUAAUGGCGAUAUCAACGGAAGCUCAUCUCCCUCCAACCAAAAGCCAGCAUAUACCAUCCAGUCCUACCAAGAGCCAUCACUCAAGCCCCAUGAAAAGCUUCCACAUGCCGCAACCCCAUCAGAACGGCAGCUCGUUUGGCCUAUCGAAUCCCUUCAGCUCAUCAGCACAUGCGCCAAUUCCUCAAAUGCCGGCGCAAGUCUUGCCAGAUCCCAUCCCAGCGCCGUCAAAACACGAUGCCAUGAGGCCCGUCUCGAGCCACGAGAUGAGCGAGAAGAGCGUCUUUCCGCCAAGCCAGAGUCUGAGUCCGCAGCGCACACCGCAGAUUCUAAGUCCGCCAGUCAAGAAGGCGAGUCCGACGCCGGACAAAAUGCAGGGUAUUGA